AUUGCCCAGAAGUACAAAGACCAGGACGAAGAGGACCGCGCCACGGCGGAAGCUCUGAUAGGAGCAACGGUGGGACGACAGAGGGCUGAAGCAGAGGCCGCGGCGAGAGCGCAGCGCCUGGCCGAGCUGGAAGCGAUGAAGGAGCGCCGACGGGCUCAGCAUGAGCGGAAGCAAAAGGAGGUGGCGGAGCAGGAGGAGCUUCGCCGCGCGAUGCUGAACGAGGGCCUCGACGUGCAAGAGCCGGACGAGGCAGAGAAGGCGACGAACUUGGAUACGCUGGUCGGCACGCCGCUGGCCGGAGACGAGAUCCUGGAGGUGAUUCCCGUGUGCGCUCCCUGGAGCGCUCUCGUGCGGUUCAAGUACAAGGUCAAGCUGCAGCCGGGCUCGGUGAAGAAGGGCA